AUGGCUCCAGAUCCGACCACUUUUGACCGAGCUUUCAAAUUUGUGAUAUGUGGAGCGAAAGAGGUAAGUACUGUAAUGACUCUAAUUGAAGCUCAUGCCGAUACCUUUCAUUGAUUACGACGUAAAUCGGUUAAUUGUAAAGAUAUCAAAAAGUAGUCAACAGAUAAAUAUUUGCAGUAUCUUCAUUAACAAUUUAUUAGUUGACGACUUUUUUAUAUCUUUACCGGCAACUGAGAUAUAUUGUCUAGAAUGAACGGUAUUGGGGUGCCCUUUUAUUACAGUUUUGCGUGUAUUCUGUGUUUUUGAAAAGGUGACAAAUAAAAUUAGAUGACCUCCCAAUCUAGACAAUCAAAACUUCCACUUUUCGACUUGUUUUUGCUUGAAUUCCUCGCCUCAAAAACAUUCGCAUCUAUUCAUUUGCCCCUCUUUUCAUUAUUUGGUCCCCUCGAUUUGGUCUUUGUACAGUCUCUGUUCUGAUGAUGCUUCGAGAGAUCGAAAGGGUCGAAAACUGAUGAGAUUGAAACUGAUAACAUGAAUAAAUUAACCGGAAAUGACUAAAAUUGAGGUGAAGAUGAUAGUUUGGUGAGCGAUUAGAAGAUGUAUAAAAUAUGAAUUAUCAGGUCGGCAAGAAGACUUUGCUCCGAUCGUUUUGUACGGAAGGAGACGAUGAGAACAUUUGGACGACGUUGAACGUGGACGAGGAGAAGGUGUUGGUGGAAGCGACGGUUUCGGAGAAGUGGGAGGAGGGCAGGGAGAAGGAAUUCGACGGAGUCGUCCUCGUCUUCUCGACCACCGACGUCAGGGUGAGUAAGAGACUUGGAAUUAAAUGGACUGGGAUCAUUUCUUCAGAGUUUCGAGUACACUUUGGAAAUUCUGAACGAGAUUCAGAAGACGGCGGAGAAGAAGCAUCUGGUAUUCAUUGAGAACAAAAUGGAUUUGGUUGAACAGACGCAGAUGGACAAGGAUUUGGUGGAAGGGGAGCUGAAGAAGAGGCACAAGAGACUCUACAGGUACCGAUCGGACAAGAAGAAGAAGGAGAACAAGAAGCUGACUGCUCUUUUCCAGAGUUUCGGCGACGGAAGAGUUCAUGGUCAUGCAUCCGUUCGCGUAUUUGAUUGAGAAGCUGACACGCCACAAGAAGGAUGAGAACCAGAACGAGAGGUUCGUCGGGGAAACGGGCACUAAUCGGAAGUGUGCGAUACUAACGACGAAAAAUCAGAACUUCCCAUCAAUUCACUCAAUUUCAGCGUUUCAGAAAACAGUCUUCGUCUGUGA